AUGGCUAGCAGCCAUGAUGCACUCGAGUUGGAGAGCGAGAGCGAGAAAUUUAGGAAUUUCUGGACGAAGAAGGAUCAGAAGAACUUCGCAAUUUUUUCAUUUGAGGAAUUUGAGAAAAGCAUCGGAGAUUUACAAACGAAGCAGCACUCCCAGCGGCGGCUCCAGGACCCUAGUCGCAUGGGGCCCUUUCUCAAAGCGCUAGACCAGUACAGAGAGGUGGUUGAAGAAUUCUUCCCGAAGAGUGACAUCCUUCCCUUUCUCUGUUUAGCUGAUGAGUACGAGAAGGCCUUCGAUGGACUCCUGGAUCUAUACAAACGUGUUGGCGAGGGCCUUCCCCUACUCUCGCAGUACAAAGGGGUCUUUCAUGCAAAACCUCACACAGUCAGAGUUCUGUUGUAUCUGUAUAAGGACAUACUUCAACUACAUCGGGACAGUCUGAUCUACUUUCGACAGCCAAAAUGGAAAAGCCUGUUCGAUGAAACAUGGAAGACAUACAGCUCCCGGUUUGACAGCCUCAUUCUCAACCUGGCCCGACAUGGAAGCUUGAUCGAGAAGGAGGCAAACCCCUCCGAAAUCGAUGCGGAGCUCAGUCUAACGGCCCCUUCUUCAUUGGACAGCGAAAUGCGGGUUGAAGACUUAACACGUUUAAAUGUAGUGUACAAUUGGCUGCGACCAGCAAAUGUUGCGAAUGACCAGGACCAUUUUUCCCAUAUUAGAUCCGAGCAUGGUGACACCGGACGGUGGCUCUUGAACAAUCCGUCCUUCCAGCGUUGGUUCGAUCGGAAGUUUCCUGAGAUCCCACCUCUGCUGUGGCUCAGGGGUAUACCUGGGGCAGGAAAGACCAUCCUUGCUUCGCUGAUUGUUGAAGAAGCCCAAAAGCUCACGCCAACCCCGACAGUGUUAUUCUUCUACUGCAAAUACCAAAACCCCGAGAGAGACAAUUUCCUUGCAUUAGCUCGAAGUUUGCUUGCGCAAUUCCUGAAACAAAACCCAGGACUAUUGCUGCAAUUUUAUCAGAAGUGUUGCAAUAGUGGCGAAGCGUUACUCACUUCACAGGCGCUAGCUAGAGAGCUCCUGGAUCUCGCAUUCAGCAAUUGCAACAGCGCGUACAUCAUCCUCGACGGUUUGGAUGAAUGCGAACGAGGGGAGCGCAAAUCUAUUACCAAGUGGUUCCGAACCUUGGUCGAAGAUCUUCCAGCAGAGGACCCUGAUAGAUUCCACUGCCUGUUUGUUAGUCAGGAUGACGGCAUUGCCCGAAAAGACUUGUCAGGCAUAGAGACUGUCACGAUUCGAGUUGGCGAUAACCAGCCGGAUAUCCAUAGGUACAGUCUGGUGGAGGCCGGGAGGCUCAAAGAACGCCUUGCACAGUUCUGUGAGCUGUCAGAUGAAAAGUUAGGCUGGAUUGCUACUACCGUAGCGAAGUCCGCAAACGGCAGGCUCUAUAACGUUUACCCAGUAUGCAACUACAGGCUGACGAACAAUAUAGGCAUGUUCCUUCUUGCCAAAUUAGUAUGGAUUAAUCUGGCCCAAGUGACUUCAAUGCGACAACUGAAUGAUGAACUUGACAUUAAUGUGUUCCCAAAGGGGAUCGAUGAAGCGUACCAACGCAUCAUGGAGAGAAUGGAGCAGCAGUCCUCUGCUGUGGCAAUGAAAGAUACCUUGAUGCUGCUUGGAUGGCUUGUGUGUGCCAAGAGACCUCUCAAAUGGCACGAGAUACAAGGUUUGAAAUCAAUCAAUCUGGAGGACCAAUUAGUGGACUUUGGACGUGAAGGUUUUGUGGUAGCUCCCAAAGAUCUCUGCGGGUCAUUGGUUGAAGUCAGGUCCGACGGAACCCUAGAGUUCGUUCACUUGACUACUAAACUAUUUUUGGCAAAGGCAGGCCACAUUGACCCAGCGGCCGAAGAGAUCAAGUUGGCAUCCCUCUGCAUCGAUUACCUGAAUCUUCCCGCCUUUCUCGGUCCACCCACGGAGCGAGGUGUCCUAAAUGGCGAUUACGUAUUUAUGGACUACGCUGUUUUAUAUUGGAUCCGGCAUCUGGAAGCGGGUGCGGUCCGAGCAGAGGGUAAGGACCAGCUCAUGAAGGAUCUCGCUGAAUCGUUAGAAAUCUUUGUUGGGUUUCACUGGGCUUCCCCGCGUGCGACAUUGGAAGUGUCGGACCGAAUUCACAAGAGGCUACAGUUCUUCCAAAACCUAUCCUUCUACGACAAACUCGCCCAAACGGUAGUCUCAGCCAGGAAGCAGUUACGGUGCUUUGGGUCAACGAAGCAGGAUGAGAUUGCUCUAGAUCUCGCUGAUAUCGUCCAAAAUGUUCGUGGGAUAUUGGAGCGAAUGCUAUCUUCCCAAAUCGAGGUACAGCCAGAAGUUGCGAGAAAAUAUGGUGGAAAUAACCUUUUCAAGUGCCCUCGAUUCAGUUGCCAUUUUUUUCCGGUGGGGUUUCCAUCUGCGGACGAACGGGACAAACAUAUCCAAAGACAUGACCGGCCUUUUCGUUGCACGAUUGAAACCUGCCCCGGCUUCGUGAUUGGGUUUACGUCUGCAACGGAUCGAGAGAAGCAUGUGAAGGAGAUACACUCGAGUAUAACAGCCGAAGACGAAGAGUUCCCCACCGACCAAGAAGUGCAGCGCAGUAUCGACAAAUCCAUGCCGGAAAAUGAUGUCCCAACCUCAACGAACCCAAUCGAAUCUUCCGAAUCCUCCGAAUCGGAGACAGAAGCCAUUCACCAGCAUGUGCCUCGACCCAAGCGACAACGACAGACACAGUUUGUUUGUGAACACUGCUCGAAGGUCUUUGGGAAACGUUACAAUUGGCAGUCCCACCUGCGAACCCAUUCGAUUGAGCAGCCGUGCAAAUGUCCUGAAUGUGAAGUCAGUUUUGCGAGACUGAGCGACAUGAAGCGUCACAUGAAGACGAGUCAUAUGAAUGCAAGAAGGUAUCAUUGCGGUGGCGUUUUGAGGAAUGGAGACUCUUGGGGUUGUGGAAAAUCCUUUUCCAGGGCAGAUAUCUUGCGCAAGCACCAUACAUCCAGGGUCGGUCGGGCGUGCCUUGAUCCUUUCCUGCGAGAUCAGGAGCAGGCAUAUUCGCAGGCUCAAUAUACCAACGGCCAGCAAGCACCAUGA